CCUAGAUGCCGUGCAGAGCGCAGAGACAGGUAGAACACCCCUCCGACGCUAGGGAUCCGAGAAUCGGCCAAGAUCCCGCUCGAUCACGCCUGCCGUUCGGCAUAAGACGAGUGGGGAUGGCAAUCCAUCAGAUUUUUGUCACGAGGGCGGAUCCCCCCCGGGGUUCGCACGGUCUGAUGACUCCGUUGCAUUGAUUGCGGCGUGCUUGUACUAGGUUCAUUACGAACUCUCUUGCAUAUGCUUCUGUUUUUUUUAACACAAGAAAAUACAUGUCAGAGUAUUUGCUUUAUUUUGCUUCGUCAAGAUUCUUCGUCUUGACGUCGAGUUGUUCUGUGGUGCUCCGCACGAGACCCUGGGAUUUUACUCCCAACUCUACUUCCAGUCGUUUCCGGUGACCUAACGCGGUCAUAAUGGCUUCAAACACUGCCAAUGAGAACCCCUCCCGAGUGGGUGAACAGAAUGCGUCGGCCGCAGAGCCUUCCCAGAGCACCUGGCGUUCAAUAUGGCAGAACAACAAGGGUGCACUUCUGAUCCUCUCAUCAGUCGUCUGUGGAGCUUCCAUGGACGCCAUAGCCCGGUUCUUACAGCAGGGAGGUGGCGGUUUCCAUACGCUUCAGAUCAUCACAGCUCGUAUGGGGAUAACACUCAUCCUCAGCACUCUGUACAUGUGGUGGACUUCUGUACCGUACUUUCCACUGGGACAUCCUGAAAUCAGAGGCUGGCUGGUGCUGAGGGCCCUCUUCGGAUUCAUGGGGCUCUUCACGUUAUACUACUCGGUUCACUACCUGCCGCUCGCCGAGGCGACCGUCUUCCGCUUCCUCAUCCCCAUCACUACGGCAUGGGCUUGCUAUAUCGUGCUUGGACAGCCCUUCACCCGCAAGGAGCUCAUCGCCGGUCUGGUCGCACUGGUCGGGGUGGUCCUCAUCGCUCACCCGGAAUCGAUCUUCGGCAAGGUAGACGACCAUAUUCAUGCCUAUGCUGCCCCGGAGGACCUGGACGAUGUUGCUCCAGCGCAACGCAUGUUAGCCAUCGUGCUGGCUGUCCUGGGAGUCGUUGGUGCGGCUGGUGCUUACACAACUAUACGCAUCAUGGGCGACAGGGCACAUGCCCUCAUCUCCGUGAACUAUUUUGCACUGGUUGCCACCGUCGGCUCGGUAGUCGCAAUGUUGGCCACGCCAGGCAUCGAAUUCAUAAUGCCCUCUUCACCGCGCGAGUGGGCGUUGUUAGUCCUCCUUGGCUUCUUGGGCUUCGUUCUGCAGUUCCUUCUCACGUCCGGCUUGCAGCUGGACAAGAGCCCCAAGGCUACCUCCAUGCUGUACACCCAGGUGAUUUUCGCCCUGAUGUUCGACUGGGCCAUCUGGGGCGUCCUGCCAGGUGGUUGGAGCCUGGUUGGAGGUGCAAUCAUUAUCGCGAGUACUCUGUGGUCGGCCUUGCAAAAGACGCCGCCUCCUAAGAAGGCGGAUACGAAGAAGGUUGCAGACGAAGAGACGGCACUGCUUGGGCCUCAGACUGAGGGCGUGGAAGAAACUGCAAGGGCCUCCAGCCCAGAACGAUCAUAGCUUCUUCAACACCAGCCUCACACGCGGAAAACACAUUUCUUGCAUUUCUCGGAGUCGAGCGGCUGAUUUCGAAACGAUCGGGAGCAUCGAGCAUUGGCAGCAGCAAUUGGUCUUGAAUAUGUACAGCAAGAGCGGCGGUUCAAGUUAUGUACAUGCCAUGUCGUGACGAAAUACAUAUACUUGGUAGCAAUCCAAGAAACAAUACCAACAUCGAUAGGGCAAAAGUCCAAGUGACGGAUUUGCCCAAUCAGAAGAGUGAAGAAAAUGCUUUGCCCGUUUGAAUUAAGCAGGGCCCUGCAGAACGACCGAGUCGAUCGUGCAGGUCACAGUCGUGCCCGAGACGGAAGCCUUCGCACCGCUGAUGGUGUACUUGGUCGCACCGUUGUAGUUACUGGGACUGGAGGUGCACCACGACGAGCUCGAGCUGCCUGUCGCCACAAUCUUGACGUUCUUGAAGGUAAGGGCUCCGAAAUCCCAUGGAACAUCGUACCUUUUUUACCGCAAUCAUCAGUCUCAUACUCAUUCUAUGUCGACGAGUUCACAAAGGGCCAUGGUCUCAGCACUCACAGCUCAAUGGCGAAGAUGGCCUGGUUGAAGCUCUUGGAGCUCAGCGCGAACGAGUCCGUCUUGGUCGUGCCCGUGCUGCCGUGCACGGUGGUCGACUGCCAGUUGGUGCCGUCGACCCUCACGUUUUUGAACGUGUUGGUCUCGCCGGCGUACGUGUUGAAGCCGGAGCCCCAGGCCAGCGACGGGUUGCUGCAGCACCAGCCCGAGCCGAAGUACCAUGUCCCCGACCUGCCGUCGAGGACAUUCUGGUAGACUCCAGAGUUGUCGGUGGGCUGCAGCCCCGGCCAGAGGUAGUAGGUGGCCGCCUUGGGGAGCGUGGGCACCACCAUGGAGCCGGAGAACUCGGUGAACUGGGCCCCGCUGGCCGGAUAGUAGGUCAAAAAGUACCAUGUGACCGCGGAAGCCGGGCUGGCCAGGAAGGACAGCAGAGCGAGAAAGGAGAGGGUCUUGAUUGAGGACAACAUCUUGUUGACUUGCCGUAUCAAAUGACAGACAGGGGUAUUAGACGGCAGACAAUCGAGGAGCCAGACUCGGGAAGGGGAAUCUGAUCAGUGAUGCUAAUGAAGGCAUCGGUUUGACAAACAUGAGAUGACGGGAGGCACGAUAUAACUUUAUAUCAGUUCAAGGGCCUUGUCGUUCACGCUGGUCUCGGUGACCAUGGACGCUCAUUCUAUUCACGACAGGACGGCGGGAUCUCGGAGCCGGCAGGGAGGAGCACAGUCGACCAGGCCCAUGUCGGCAGAUGGUGGUUUGUGGUAGUAUUGAGACGGGACCUCGACUGUUUUUGGAAGGUCUCUAUGGGGAUUGCAACAAGCCCCAAAAGAUUGGAGUGAUUGCCAGCGUGGAUUUGGACUGAGGAGGCAUGGGAGGGGAGGACCGGUGCAUCGGUGAUAGGCAAUCUGGCAUGGAUAAUUUAGAGGCCGAUAUGGGUGUGCUGAUCGUUACCGGCUCAGGGCAGUCCACGGAGUAUAGGUGCAGGCAUGUAUCAAAGUUGUAAGCGCAGGGGACGUGAAUGGCCCGCCAGGACUGCCUGACUGCACGAUCCAUCCGCCUACCCACCCACCCACCGUGGUAUUGUGAAGAAAUGCCAGAAGUCUCGGCGAAGCUUGAUUCAUCUCUUGGCCUGCCGUUUUCUGUCAUUGGGGCGGGUGCUCUCCUCGAGAUCUAGAUGCAACCAUCGCUACCCAGAUAGUCGAGACCUGCAG